GGUCAUGUGACAGAAGCACCUUACGAAAGCAUAGCCUCAUCAUGUGACAUGAUACGAAAUAAAAGGACCGAGGGCUCAUAUUAUCAGUGUAUUCGUCAUUGUAGCAUAGGCUGUUGUGUCACCAUGAUGUCCUACGUGUUCUUGAUUGUGUCAGUCAUCGUCCUACUGAUCGCCAGUUCAAUCAGUGGACCUCUUCACGCUUCUUGUAAAGCGACAUGGACAUUUGGUGAAGGCUGUGCAGAUGUCAAUAAAGCUCUUGUGGAUCAGAUCAACAAAUGGAAAGGGCCUGAUGGUUGUAAGAAUGGAGGAGAGAAAUGUUUGUAUGCACUCAAGAGCAGCUCAGCCACAGAAAUCAAAGCCACCCAUGAAACCCCAAAGAAGCACUAUGUAGAUGACGUCUCCUUUGAAUUUUCUGGCAGUGGAAGCUCUUGCACAGUGAAGGGUUAUUCAACCUCAGAGACCUGGUACGCAGUGCUGGACUAUGGAACCAACUACUGUAAUAUGUUUAACCUGAUCCAGGGCGCGGGACUGGACAAAGUGUCCGGAUACAAGGAAGAAACCAGUGACAGCAUCUGCACUCAGAGGUCCUCAGCUAAUUGUGAAAUAUAUUAGUCCCGUUGUUGAAUAUGAUCUUGUUGAUAUCAGUUCCUAGUGAUUUGGAAAUAUUGAAAUGGGACGUAGCCAAUGGAUCCACUUAGUGUUUGGUUGUGGGCAGAUAAAUGCAUUCUAGCAGACAUUUUUUACGAUUGAUUGUAAAAUCAUCAUUCAUGGUCUAUGCUUUAUCACAGCUGAAAUAAUUAUAUAUACAUGUAAAAUUUUCUCUGUUUUGUUGGGUCAGUAGUCCUUUACAGUUUAGUAUUUGGGAGAGUUCAGGGCCAGAAGGGAGGGUAAAUCUUUGGAUUUGAAAUGAGUCCAACAUUUGGCUGCUUAAUAUUCUUAGAAGCUCUGGCUUUGUAAUUUUAGAAAAAAAAUACAUUAGUGUAAUUGUGAAAAUCAUUCCUUGGUGAGUUGUCAUUCUUUGCAGAAAUGUUUAGUAUGGUCAUUUUGAGAUACUGUGCUACCUUUUUUGAAAGAAAUUUAAUGUAAAAUUUGCAACAUAUUUAAGGGAGUUCUGUACAACACCAAGUAUUAACUUGUUUCUACAAAGGCUCUGUGAUACAAGAUAUUAACUUGAAAGUUAAGUCAUUGUAGUGAACCAAAAAGUUAUCAUAAUUUUGUUGAAUAUGAUAAUUUUUCACAUCUUAAAUAAAUCAUGCCAAAUUUAUUUGAUAUUUAAUUGCAAUAAUUGGAAUGCAAAAGAUUUGCAUGCACUGUUCAUGGCAUAUGUACAUCUUUAUUUGCCAGCUGAUAGGAAAGUUGGGAGAUUUGUGCUCACCGAGUAUCAUCAUGUAAAUUGAUGCUUCAUAUGUGCAAAUAAAAUAUCCAGGAUUUUAAAAUA